UAAAGCAAGAAAAAAAUCAACUAUCUCUCCUGCUGAUUUGUGAGAUGUCAACCUUGAGCUCCCAGACUCUGCCCCUCUCCCAGGAGACAUUAGCCCAGUUCAACCAUGACCACCAAGCAUCGGAGGGUCCUCAGCGCCUUCGCAGGGCAUCCAUCUCAACCCGCCGGAGCUCUCGUGACCACUCCAAAGACCCUGCCCCUCUCCGACUCCCAGCCCUACUUCUCAGGAGGGUCUCUUCCGAUGCCUCCCACCUCAGUCCUGCCGUCAGCUACCCAGCCUCUCCCUUUGCUCGGCGAGACUCCACGUUCUUCGGCAAGCGUUUCUCGGUUGGGGCCUGGCCACACGCUGGACGUGUUAGUUUCUCAGGUCUCCUUCUGCCUCAGCCUGUGCAAGAGGUGGGUCAAGAGAACACCUACAGAAUGGGACCUGAUGAUCGAGGGAAUACUUUCAGUUCUGGGCGCACAACACAAAGUAUCCAGGCCACUCUGAAUACUUAUUUAGAUGGUGCAUGCUACAAUGCAAGCUCGUGCAGCCAUCUCAGCCAAAUCCUGGCCGAUCUGAUACGAAGCAAAGUCAAAGACACGUGCCCUCCGCGGUACAAGCUUGUCUGCCAAGUGGUGAUAGGCCAGGCGGGAGACCAGAGUCUCACCGUGGCCAGUCGAAGCUUAUUAGACUCCACCAGAGAUGACUUUGCUGCAGCAACAUUCCAGAAUGAGUCUCUUUUCACGGUGGCCAUCGUCUAUGGAACAUACUAUGAGUGAGGAAUCCACAGCAAGGAAA